AUGGUGGAUGGUAUGCACGUCAUCGUCGACCAGAAGCCUGCUAUCGACGGGGCCAUUCACUUCAACAUGAAAUGCCGCUACAGCUUUAACGUUCAAAUAUUCUGUGAUGAAGACAAGCGCAUCAUCAUGGCAUAUACGGGCUGGCCUGGAUUGUGUGCGGAUUCUACUGUCUUCGGCAAAACACCAGUGUUUACGCGUCCAUACGAUUUCUUUUCCCCGAGGGAAUUUCUGCGUGGUGACACCGGCUACGCUCUAUCAAACUAUCUCAUUACGCCUUAUAAACGCCCUGCAUCUGACCAUCCUGACAACAAGGUGUUCAAUGAGGUGGUGUCGAGUGCUCGGGUCCUAAAUGAGAACUGCGUUGGUCUCUGGAAAAAUCGGUGGAUGUCGUUAAAGAGCAUUCGAACGCAGCUUAAGACUGUGAGUGAGUUUAAGUUCGUUAACAACCACAUCCCGGCAUGUGUACUUCUCCAUAACAUUGGCCUUGACCGAUCGGACGAGUGGGAUGAUGCAAGUAUCCCCGACGCUGAAGAGGAAAGAAGAUUAUCAGCACUAUUGUUCAAUGCUGAACCAUCAAGCAAAAGCGAGGGUGUGAAGAGACGAGAAUCAUUAAGAGAGCUGUUAUUUACGGGGAGUA